AUGGCUCUUCGACAGCGGGUAUUACCCGCCCUGCGGAUGCUGCCAUGUAGGCAGGUUCGGGCAUUUGGGUUCUCCAGCGCCCCUGGGAACACUGCACCGACGCAGGAUUACAUACCCAUGCCCUACAUCGAAGAGACGUCGGCCGCCGGCCGAAAGACAUGGGACAUAUUCUCCAAGUUGCUGCAGGAACGCAUCGUCUGUCUAAAUGGCGAAAUCAACGACUACAUGUCUGCUUCUAUUGUCGCGCAGCUACUCUGGCUCGAGUCGGACACGCCCGAAAAGCCGAUCACCAUGUACAUUAACUCGCCGGGCGGGUCUGUCACGUCAGGCAUGGCCAUUUACGACACCAUGACAUACAUUAAAUCGCCCGUCUCGACCGUUUGCGUGGGCGGCGCCGCUUCCAUGGCCGCGAUCCUGCUUGCAGGUGGCGAGGCGGGACAGCGGUACGCGCUGCCGCACAGCUCCAUCAUGAUUCACCAGCCUUUGGGCGGCACGCGCGGCCAGGCGUCCGACAUUCUCAUCUAUGCGAACCAGAUCCAGCGGAUACGCGAGCAGUCCAACAAGAUCAUGCAGCACCACCUCAAUAAAGCCAAGGGCUACGACAAGUACAGUAUUGACGAAGUUAACGAUAUGAUGGAACGCGACAAAUACCUGAGCGUGGCGGAGGCGCUCGACCUCGGGGUCAUUGACGAGAUUCUGACCAAAAGGGCAGACAAGGACCCGAAGAAGGAGGAAGCGUCGGCGUCGCCAGCUGGCCAGGACUCGCGUUGA